CCUGCCCGGGUUAUGGUUCGCUGUCUGUAAAAUGAAGCGCUGAUCUCACUCCCACUCCAUCGCCGUGAUCUCUGGUAACCUUUGCACCAAUACACAAAACCGACCCGUCUCUCCGCCGCACUGCCCGACCCGGUCGCUGCUCAGCAUUCUACACGUUCCAAAGGACGGCAGCCUCUUCAUUCGCCCUCCUCGUGCGUCCUUUACCACUGCCACCUGCACCGCCUUCGACGUGGCUCGCGCAGCCUGUUCCUAACAACGCGCCCUCUUUUGCUCGCAGCGCCGAUUGAAGCUCAAUUCGCCACGGCUCGAUCACGACCCAUUCUCUCGAAUAAAGUCCUAUACUUGCGGCCUAGCAAAAAUGCCCCUCUGCGGCGGAUCCAAGAAUGUCCAGCGCAAGCUGGUGCUGCUCGGCGAUGGUGCUUGCGGUAAAACGUCUCUUCUAAACGUCUUUACCCGAGGUUACUUUCCCACCGUCUACGAACCGACUGUUUUCGAAAACUAUGUCCACGACAUCUUCGUCGAUAGCGUUCACAUUGAGCUUUCGUUGUGGGAUACCGCAGGCCAGGAAGAAUUCGACCGACUCAGAUCUCUCUCUUACGACGACACCGAUCUUAUUAUGCUUUGCUACUCAGUCGACAGCAAGGAUUCGCUCGAAAACGUCGAGUCAAAAUGGGUGGGCGAGAUUGCCGACAACUGUUCCGGUGUCAAGCUAGUCCUGGUCGCCCUCAAGUGCGAUUUGAGAGAACGCACAGAAGAAGAUGAGCAAGAUGAGGCCUCUGCGGCCCAGCCCAGCGGCGUCCCUGGAGAGCAGCGCGAGAAGAAGCCCCUCAUUACCUACGAGCAAGGCUUGGAGGUUGCGCGCAGAAUAGGCGCCUCAAGAUACCUGGAGUGCUCUGCUAUGCGAAAUCGAGGUGUCAAUGAGGCUUUCACCGAGGCUGCCCGCGUUGCCUUGAGCGUCAGGAAGGAUCGUGAUGACAGUAAGUGCGUCAUCAUGUAAAUGGCCGAACAAGCUCAUUACUCUCGCCGUCGACAAUAUCCCGCGUCAACAAAAUUCCAACCAAAACAUGGGCGUACAUCUCGCCAAUCCUACCUGACUUUGACUUUAGAGCGCCUUUACCCAUACAUUCCUACCGUUUACACCCUUAUACUCUGCACCAUUUCAUUUGUUGUAUAUAGUUGUACGCACAUGGUGGCCCUGAAAGCUUUCUAGAGCGGCUCCUGAGACGCUUCCGAAUAGAUGCCUUGCUGGGGACAUCUGCUAAUACUCAGGGACAAAGAAGAACAACUUGAUAGCCGAUGCUUGUUUCUUGUGCUUAUUCUAGCCUGAUUUGGAUGAUUUAUUUGGCAAAUAAUUAAAACACGACUUCUCCAACG